AUGGCGCCCUCACGAAGUACCUCCUCGAAUGCUGCUGCCAGGGCCAUGGCUGUCAAUCGAACAGCCUCGUCUGGUUCAUUCCAUGCCGGCGCGCCGAUCCCUACUCUGAGUUCCCUGCGACGACAGUCUCAUCGAUACCAGACCUUUCCUACCACUCCUCCCAAGACUCCUCUCGAACAACCGUACGCUCCAUCGAAUGGAAGCGAUUCCGAAGAUGAAGACGAUCACGAAGAGACGCCCUUGCCUGUGCGACAGCUGCUCUUGCUGGCGUUUCUCUCCCUCGCGGAGCAGACCGCGCUGAACUCGAUAUCGCCGUAUUUACCUGAAAUGGUACUUAAUAUGCCCGGUAUUCCUGACGAUGAGGCCGGUCUAUAUGUUGGAAUACUUGCGAGUUCUUUCGCAUUGGCGCAGCUGUCGACCAACUUCCUCUGGGGGUAUGCCUCGGAUGUCAUUGGACGCAAGCCAGUUCUGAUCAUGGGUACGACCGCUCUGAUGGGGUGUUUCUGCGCAUUUGGCUUCUGUAAGGAAUACUGGCAGAUCGUUGUUGUCCAUGUCGCAAUGGGACUUCUCAAUGGAAAUGCCGCAUGCGUUCCCACAGUCCUGGGAGAGGUUACAGAUCGCUCUAACCAGAGCCGCGCAUUCACAUACCUGCCUGUCAUCUACUCCCUCGGUAGCAUCACAGGACCUGCGCUGGGUGGCAUUCUUGUCGGCAGGAUGGGCAAAGAGUACCCUUAUCUUGCUCCCAACAUACUGUCCGCUGGUCUCCUCGCUCUGAGUGUCGUGGUGGUCAGCAUCUGGUUCGAAGAGACACUGGACAAGACUGAAGUCAACUUUGAGAAGCCCGCCUGGGUCGAGAAGAUUGUUUCCUGGUUCUCUUCACCUACGCCCCCACCUCGACGAGCAUCUUGGAGCGCGCGCUGGCCUCGAUCUCAAUCCUACCAGAACCAGCCCCUUCUCUCCUCCGGACGAGCGCUCGAAUCCGAUGACGAUGACGAAGAGACCGAGAACGACGACGAAAGCGAUAACAAGGCGGAUCCGGCAAUGUCCGCGUGGAAAGACCUCAGCCGAACCACGAUCCUCAUUCUUUUCACGUAUCUCGUCUUCCAACUCUCCAACAUCUCCUUCAACAGUCUCUACCCCAUCUUUGCCGCUACGCCACCACCUGCCGGCCGCGACUUAUUGCCCAGUAAGAUUGGGAUCAGUCUGAGCAUUGCAGGUUUGGCAAGCUGCAUCUUCCAGGCUUUCCUUUUCCAAGCGCUCAAGGUCAGAUUGGGUAAUCUCGGUACUUACCAAAUCUCGCUUCUGGGACUGGGUAUCAGCAUGCUGCUUAUGCCGUGGGUUGGCUACGCCGAUAGCAAGCCUUUGUUUGGUCUGGGAAGCGGCAAGAUGUGGCUGUACAUUGAGCUUGGAGUGGUGUUGAUCUUGAAGAACCUUUGUGCUGUGGGUGGUUUGUCGAGCGUCAUGCUUCUGAUCACCAACUCCGCUCCAUCGCACUCAAGUCUUGGCAGCCUUAAUGGCAUGGCGCAAACCCUUUCCGCUCUCGGCCGCAGCUUCGGGCCCUUCGUAUCGGGUGGCCUCUUCAGUCUGUCCAUCAAUAUCCAACCUAAGGGCGAAGCAUUGGCUUGGAGCAUCUUUGGCGGUCUGGCCAUUUUAGGCUGGGUCUCGUCUCUCUUCAUCCGCCGCGACGGCCUUGAGAGCGACGAUUGGCAGGGCUCGGAUGAGAACCUCGCUGAGCAGGAUGCCGACGCCGCGUGA